UAAGAUUUAGUUCCGCUGGUUACGACACGGUACCCUUCUCUCUAAGUCGAUACAUUUUAGUUUUGGAAUAUGAGUCGGCGUGUGUACACAGCGCUCUCUCUUUGUUUACCCUUUUAGUCUCAGCGAUGGGUGUCCACGCGCAAGGACGAGGCCACCCAACUCCUUCUGCAGAUAACGUAGAAAUUCGAGAAGAAGGUUGAACAAUUGGUGCUUAGAGACUAAAGAAAAUAUUAAAAGAAAAUUCUAGCCCUCGGAGGUGAUCAAACGUUUUUGUUUUAAGUGAUAUUGUAUGAAGAAGGAAAUUGUUGACUUUCUUUUCGAAAAUAUUCAUUUAGAGUGAUUGCGGACUAAAAUGAAAAACGGAACAGUUUCAAUAAUUUUUCAAAGGAUUUUUUUGAACAAGUGAUUUCGUAUUUUUUGUUACGUUAGUAUUUGAUUAAAUGAUGACAGCGUCUUUCGUUGGACCCCGUUCUUCAACUCCAAAACUCGAGAACAGACAGCAAAACCACAAUCGUACUCUCCCAAAGGUUCCAAAGGGCCAGCCUGCUGAAACUAAGAAAUCCAAGCAUCAUGGCCGAAUUCUCCCUUUGGUUCCUAUCCUACCUUCCCACGAGGGUCCAAAACCGUCCAGAUCACUUCCGAGGGUACCAGGCCCAAUCAUGGUUGUCAAGAGUCCCCCUGGAACCUCAGGGUCUGGGUCCUCCAGCAAGAGUAACAAUUCGAACCCGGCGAUCCCCACCAUUCCGAAAACCACUAGACAGCUGCCGAAGAUACCGAAAGCAAACACGGUACAAAGCAAAAAACAAGAACAAGAUAGGAAAAGGUAUAUGCACUCGAUUUACAAAACAGAAGGAGAUGACCAUUUAAGAAAGGGAGAGCUCGAAAAAGCGCUGGAAUCUUAUCAUGGCGCCCUAAAGUUGAUCCCUGACGAUAAGUCCACUUUGGUCGCAAGGUCACGAUGUCAUCAGCUGUUAGGACGUCACCGGAAGGCCAUGCAGGAUGUCGAAUCGGCCCUAAAUCUAGAUCCUUUAUUUUACGAGGCUCUCUACCAGAAGGCUGAGCUGCACUUCCAGCAAAGAGAGUACGAGAUGGCACUAGUAUUCUACAGCAAGGGGUCAAAGCAACGACCUGACAUGAAGGCUUUUCAAGAGGGCCUGGAGAAAACUCAAGACGCCAUAAAUAGAUCAGAUUCCGCUCGAACAAGAAGACUAGCAAAGGCAGGGGAAAUGUCUUUCUUCCUUCCAAAAAAGAAGAAAGAGGCAAAAAGAAGGGCUAAUUUAAUUCCGGAACCGCCAGAAAAGAAUGUUCGAGAGGCUGUAACUCCCGGUUUCCGCCUGCGUCAGCACAAUCCAUUGGUUAAAAUCGAAAGAGGAUCUCGUGAGUCCUUGGUAACAGAUGGUGUUUCUGACGAAGUGAUGACGACCGACAAUGACGUAACAGAGAAGAGAAUGAAACAGAUUCUGGGGAGAAUGUACAAUGACAAGAAAUACCUUGAACAGCUCGUGGAACAAGCAGGAGGACUGUCAGUUGGUUCUGUUGACCUUCACUCAAUGGCAGAAAAUGGACUGGACUUCUUAUAUGACCGUGUGUUAUACUGGGUUAGACAAGGCAGAAUUAUUCCUCCCGAGGCCCCAACCAACCCAGCAGAGAAAUCCUCCAGUCACAAUCACGACAACCAGAGCAUGCUUCCGGUCCUCACAUCUCCAAGAUCUGAUUCUAGCACCAGGACCAACCCCAAACCCAAAAUGUCAAGGAAACAUAUGCUCCUGAAUGAAGACAAAACACAACCAAAGUCUUGGUUUCGCUACCUAGAAAGGAAGAAGGCUUCUGAACUGACUGCGAGAAAGAAUAACCAAACACGUUUUCUUCAUGUGCUGGAGGGUCAAAGGUUACAGCUGAAAGAAAAUUUGGAAAGUCGGAAACCUCUUACGCCAAUCCGACAGAAUAAGCCUCAGAUAAAGGAAAAGAAAGUAAAGAAAACUGGAAGAAAAUCUAAAGACAGUUACAAAGAUCACAAUGCAUCUGAUACAGACUCUGGCCUGAAUAUCAGUUUCAGUACGUACCGACAGCCUAGUGAUCUUCAUCAAGAUCAUUCUUUGGAGGACACCAGUACUUUUUAUCCCAUCAAGGAGGAAUCUCCACUUCCGCUGAAAGUAGUUCCACUGCAUAAUUCAAGAAUGCAGGCCAUGCACAAGAAAGAUCGGGUAUCACAAGAAGCUGCCAAGAGAGAACAAAUCCAGAUAUACAUUGCAAAGGAACUGGAGGAAAUUGAAAUUGCUUACGUGGAUGGUCGAUAUGCUGACUGCAUCACUCAAGCAGAGUCCUGUUUGAACACUUUGAAAUCGUUCUCAGAGAUUCAGGUGCCAAAUAUUACGUCUAUCGUCGCCAAACUACACAGCUACAUUGGCAACGCCGCAAUAGAAACAAAGGACUACUUGACUGCAUUAGAACAUCAUGAGAGAGACUUAGUCAUUGGAGAAGAGAAUAACGAUGAUGACGCUGUUUCGAGAGCGCUUGGAAACUUGGGAAGAAUAUUUGUUUUCCAAAAUAAACACCAACAAGCUUUGGAAUUAUUCUCCAGAAAAGUUCCUUUGUGCAAAACAAGAUUGGAAACGGCAUGGUUAUACCAUGAGAUCGGAAACUGUUUCCUUGUUCUUGGGCAGUAUAAAUUUGCCAUGGAGGCAGCUCAUCGUUCAUUGAAAGCUGCCGAGGAAGCCGUGGAAUGGAGCUAUCAACUCCAAUCUCUUGUCCUCCUUGGUGUCGCAGAAGUGAAACUAAAGAGCUAUUCCAGCGCAAUCAGCACCUUUGAACGAGCCAGAGAACACGCACGGAUGCAGGGAGACGUAAAGGCUGAAGAGGCAGUCACGGAGGCCAUAAAAGAUGUCAACACCAAGAUUUUAGAGGAAAUGAAAACAUCACGUGGUGAUCACAGCAGAUCAGAGCGAGGUUUCCCAAGGUCACGUGCUGAUUUUUCAGACAAAAUGUCGUACAAUCCAAGAUCGCGUGCAGAGUGGUCGGACUAUUCAAGCAUCUUCAUCCCUGAUGAUGAUGGUGACGUGUCACUUACCGAAACCGGAUAUGACACAGACAAUUUACAUCUUGAUCUCGAUCAAUUAAGAGGGGAUUUCGAAACCUCACUGUUUGGUUCACAAGCGUAUCUGCGAACAGAGAGAUAUUCAACCAAGCUCCUCUCGUCAGAUGUUCGACAGUCCAUGACAAAUCUUCAUCUGAUGCAGUCUCCAGGGCGAGGACCAAAUCCUAGUUCAUCCACAUACAUUCGCAGUAACACUGCUAUGGGUUGAAGGAGUGUGAUUAUCAUGAUUCAUAAGCCACUGUGAUAUUUCUUUCAUUUUCAAGUUCUGUGUAGUUUUAAAACGUGUAAAUAACAAAGUAUUUAGUCAUGAAAUCAUCAAUUUGGAUAUUCAUGCAUUACCUCUUCUUGUGUUGACGACAAGCACGUUUUAGUUGCACAUUGUCCGAGAUUUUGCAAUUGUCAGCUUUUGUCAAUACCUGUGUAGUUUAUUUCAAUGCUUCUUCAAGAUCAAGCACCAUAAGCACUUCUUUUUAUCGCACAGCUACGAUUCCUUUUGGAACAAUUAAGUGUUUCCUGUUAUGUUUUGCUCCGUUUUAUGCUUUGUGUGGUGCUACAGUUCUCUUUUAUGUUGUUUAAUUUCAUCAUGUGUAUUUUAUUGUUUCAUUUUGAAUUGGAUUUUUGGAUUUGAGUUGGUCUCAUGUUUCAUUUUCGGAGACCACUCUAAACAAUCCUAAAUUAUUCAUUUACAUGUACUGUUCGCUACAUAACAUGCGAACGUGGUUUUUCAUUUGCUAUUUCAUUUUUCAAGUCUCUUAUACUUACAUUCUUUCUGAAGAUUUUCCCAAAUGUAAAAAGUUUUCCGUUACAUAUUUUAUUUGAAAUCAAUUUACUAUUUAAAAAAAGAAUAUCAUUUGCCUUCUGAAGAUUUCUCUAUAUGAAAACAUCAUGUCUGGCUCAUUCUAACAUAAAACGAAAAUUUCUCCUAAAACAUACACACAUAAGCGUUUAAAAUGACCAUAAAGUGUCCCUUCAAUUCAUAUUGACAGAAAUAGCUUCAUGAUACAUUAGCCACACAUUUAUUUCAGCCAUUCUCUUUAAAAUGCGGGCUUUUCCUGAGAGAUGUUUAAUCUUUCUUUUCGUUUCUUGAAAAGCAAGCAUACUUUAAAUCGUACAUGGCAAUGUCUUUAAACCAUUACACGAUUCUGUUCACCUUAUUUCUACGCAAUAUUUCACCAUUCAUAAGAAUAUGCAUUGCGGGUUUUAUAUACUCCUUUUCGAUAUGUUGUUUUUUUCGUAGUAAGAUCUAUAGUUGCUAAACCAUUGCUUUAGCAAUUUCUUUUUCGAUAUUUAUAAUAGGAGUAUAAGUAAACCUCUUACAUUGUGUAUAUAUAUUUUUUCUAAUGGUUUACACUGCACAUGCAUGUGUACAAAUGAUAUAUACUUCCAACCAAUAAAGUAUUAUAAAAGUUA